AUGUCUGAUUCACCUCCUGUUCAUUGGGAAGAGGAAGAACUGAGGCAUACUUUAACUUCAGAUAAAUCUUUGAAAAAAGAACAAGGAAUAAUAUAUGAUUUGAACGACUCUGUUAAUACGACGGCGGAAGCAAUUCCAGACAAUCUAGUUGAUAUCGAUGAAGAAGAUCCAGAUGGAAGAAUUCGUGAAGAUUUAAAACGUGCUUUGAAACCUCGUCAUGUCUCUUUGAUUAGUAUUGCUGGGAUUAUUGGUACGGGUCUAUAUCUUUCUACAUCCAAAUCGUUGGCAACAGGUGGUCCCGCUUCUCUGUUUAUGAAUUAUACCAUUAUGGGGAUAGUAGUCUAUUUGACUAUGCUUUGUCUUGGUGAAAUGUCUACAUUUAUGCCUAUUUCAGGUUCUUUUGUCUCCUACGCUAAAAAAUUCGGUUCAGAUUCAUUUGCAAUGGCUCUUAUGUGGAAUUAUUGGUUUAAUGACGCUGUGUCAGUAGCUUCAGAUUUGACUGCUUUACAAUUAGUUAUGGACUACUGGAAGACAAGUGAUAAAGGGUUCCCAUACUGGGCUGCCUCUUUAUUAUUCUGGGCUCUUGUCGUUUGUUUAAACGUCGUUCAUGUUAGAGUCUAUGGUGAAACCGAAUAUUGGUUAGCUAUGUUAAAAGUCAUUGCCAUUAUCAUUUUCUUCAUUUUAUCUAUUGUAGUCAAUGUAGGUCAUAAUCCACAACAUGAAUAUAUCGGUUUCAGGAACUGGACUCAUGGUGAAGCACCUUUUGUAUCAGGUUUUAAAGGUUUUGCCUCGUUGUUCGUAUCUGCAUCUUUUGCUUAUGGUGGUACCGAAUCAAUUACUUUAACUAAUGGUGAAACAGAAAAUCCAACUCGUAACACCCCAAAGAUUAUUCGUACAGUGUUCUGGAGAAUUCUGAUCUUUUACGUGGGUUCCACUUUCUUCAUUGCAAUGAACGUUCCAUAUGACUACCCAGGUAUCUCCUCAGGUUCAGUCGUCACUUCAAGUUUCACCAUUGUAUUUCAAAUGGCGGGCUCCAAAUCUGCAGGUUCUUUCAUGAACGCAGUGAUCAUGACUAGUGUCAUCAGUGCUUGUAACCAUGCUUUGUUUGCAGGGUCUCGUGUCAUGUACAACAUGGGUCUAGAAGGGAUGUUGCCGGCUAAGAUCUUCUGUAAGACUAAUCGUUACAAGGUUCCUUACGUUGCAGUGAUUUGUACUUCGUUGAUCGGUCUCUUAGCAUUUGGGUCAAGUUUCAUUAGUGCCGGUGAAGUCUGGACUUGGUUGCAAAACAUUGUCGGUGUCUCCAAUCAAAUCGCCUGGUUAUGUAUUGGGAUUACCUCUAUCAGAUUCAGAAAGGGUCUAGAAGCCCAAGGUUUGACUGAUCAGUUACAAUUCGUCAACUGGACUUAUCCUUGGGGUCCAUGGAUCCUAGUGGUCUUUGUCACGUUUAUUAUUCUGGUUCAAGGUUGGUCGUCAUUCGAUCCAUGGGAUGUAGAGAAUUUCUUCUCUGUGUAUUUGGAACUAUUUAUUUUCCCUGCUUGUUAUAUCGUUUGGUGGGUCAUUAAACGUGAUAAAUUUGUUAAACCUGAAGAUAUGGAUUUUGUUACCGAUAGAUAUAUUCCAACUAAAGAAAUCAUUGAAUUGAAUGAAAAAUUGGAUAAUUUGAAAGGUUGGCCAAAAUAUAAACAAUGGAUGCAUGAACAUGUGUUGUAA